UUUGUGGGUAUCUUAUAUGAAUCGUUUGAAUAAACAAGGCGGACCUAUGUCGUGUUAUAUAGAAUUAUAAACUAUGUUGCCUCAAGUCAGCGUUAGUAACAUAUUACAGAAUUUUUGUCGCCGUCAUCAAUGCGUUUAGACCUAAUCUAUUUUUUGCAACGCCCUACGAACAGCCACCAAAAAGCAAUCUGUGGCUGCCUUGCUAGCUAGCUAGUUAGCUAUCUGGCUAGCUACUGUUUACAUAAUUAGAUAGCUAACUAGUCAAAUUAACCUAGCUAGCGAAGUGUAGAUAUUACUGAUUAAAAUAUCGUUGUUUGGCGCAUUCUAGCUGGAAUUUUGAAAAAAAAAUGGCAGAAUUACAUAUUGAGCCGAAUGCAACGGGCAUCAUCGAGCAGACCGAACAUCGUGAAAUCCGUGCUUCAGUUAACGUUAGGCUUCCCUCGCCCACUCUCGUUAUUCCGUCUCGGAGUGGCUUAUCUAGUCCAGGGGUCUCGGGUUCCAGACCUGUUUUUGGGUUCCCGAUGAAGAGCAACCCUAGUUCCCCAUCAGAACCUACAGAGAAACCAGGAUCUCGGUGGGUUCGGCUGAACGUCGGGGGCACCUAUUUCAUCACUACGAAACAGACCUUAUGCAGGGACCCCAAGUCGUUUCUGUAUCGAUUAUGUCAAGAAGAUCCAGAUCUGGAUUCAGACAAGGAUGAGACAGGAGCUUAUUUGAUUGAUAGGGACCCCACAUACUUUGGACCCAUCUUGAACUAUUUGAGACAUGGUAAACUGAUAAUCAACAAGAACCUUGCCGAGGAGGGUGUACUGGAGGAAGCAGAGUUUUAUAACAUUGCAUCACUCGUAAGGCUGGUGAAGGAGAGGAUACGAGACAACGAGAACAGAACAUCCCAGGGCCCUGUGAAGCAUGUGUAUCGUGUACUCCAGUGCCAGGAAGAGGAGCUCACUCAGAUGGUUUCCACUAUGUCUGAUGGAUGGAAGUUUGAACAGCUUAUUAGCAUUGGCUCUUCUUACAACUAUGGCAAUGAAGACCAGGCAGAAUUUCUGUGUGUGGUUUCCCGGGAGCUCAACAACUCCACUAAUGGGAUUGUUAUUGAGCCAACUGAGAAAGCUAAGAUCCUUCAGGAGAGAGGUUCCCGGAUGUGAGGAGAACCUCUUGGCUGUUCUGAUGCAGAUGUUUCAGCAACCCUCAUCCAGACUUCUGUCCUUCCUCCACCAUGCAGCAGACUCCAGGUCCAUCAGCUCUCACCCCUGUCCUAACUUUCUUUUGCCAUCCUCCCUUGUGCCUUUCUGCAGUGUGGGUCUCUUGAUGAUACCACCCUCCCCCUCCCAGCGGUGCUGCAGCAUUGGCCAUCCAGCACCAUCACAAGCGAUCACUGCUGUUCUUGAUCAAUCAAAAAUGAUAAAGACGUUCUAGUUCAAAUAACCUGUGAUUGUGAGACUGCUGUUGACAGCUAAGGGGGAGUCCAAGCAAGGUUUCUGAGGUUUUAUCUAUCCAUUAUAACCUUAGUUUUCCACGCAGCCUCAAAACCUAAUUGAAAGCAUCGCAUCCUGAUCAUCUUGAUCCUAAUCAUUGUAAUCUACAUUGUUGCCGAUAUGCUUGUUGCAAGGUAUGCUUAGACCCUGGCCAGCUAAGCUAUGUCUACAUCAAUGAAAUCUCCUCAGGACUUCCAGGGGUACAAAAGAGUAGAUGAAACCACUGUCCCCCUCCCACUACUCCACUGCUCCUAACAACCCCAUUAACUGAAUGUACAAGGUGAGUGAAUGAGUGAGCAGGUCAUGGUCAUUUCACUGUCUGCCACCUCCUGGCUUGGCAGAAGGUGCCGCAUGGAGCAAGACGGCUGGCACAAAGAAGAUGAGCUGGAAACAUGCAACAUCUGUCUCCAUCAUGGUGUGUGUUUCUCUUUAAGUCUCUCUGCCCUCCUGGAACUUUGCCCAGGAAUGACCAGAGGGGAAGGGAGGACACAGAUGGGCGAUUUCCUGCUUGGGCAGCCCACCCAUCUUUUAUCUUUCCCUGCUCUCGUAGCCAUGGACAUUUCAUGCAUUCAAACUACAUAAAAAAUGAAAAGAAAUCUGUAAUUCUGGGACAUGUAAAGAUUAUGAUUAAUACAAAUACAUGUAUUAAAAAGAGCCUGAUUGCAAGUCAUGUAAUUGUUAUCUGUAUCAUAGCUGUAAUUUAUGUUUAAUUGAAUGAAUUACACGAUUUGGCUGGGGAGGGUUAUGAAUGGAUCCAUGCUCAUAGUUUACUUUGUCCAGUGCCUGCUCACUCUUUGUGUUUCUUCCAGGUAUUCGCGUAUGACUGGAAAACAUGAGGUCUUAUUUCACACUAUUUGUCAAUAUUGUUUUUACUUCAUUUUACAAAAGUGCAUAUCGUCAUACAAGUGCUCCAAGAGCUUGUUUAGACAAAGUGCCCGGUAUUUUGAGUCCGGGCAAAGCUAGUUGGGUGGUUCGGUAACAUGAUUGUUCAUUUGUUUGACUCAGUAGGUUCAGUUGUACUUCUCCCUAGAACAUCAUCAUAUCUUGGCUAUUUAACUGUUUCUAUCUCAUAUUUAAAAAAGUAAAUUCUAGUGUAAUAGCUUUGAAUGUUAAGGGCUGUAUUUUCCAUGGAUUGAGAUGCUUGUCCUUAUGUCAAAAUAUAUUGUAUAACUCAAGGUAAACUGCUAAAUUCAUAUUUUGACAUUGGACAGUACAUAGUCCUCUUUUACAAUGAAUUAAUUGCCCUCAGUGUUUGAUAUUUGGCCAAUGAAGAAUAACUUAGAAACUAAAUCAUCCACUUUUAAAUAUGUAAAACCUACUAAAAAAAAAUCUGCUAUUAUGCUAACAAAAAGUGUACAUUAUCAGAUGUGGACAGUAUUUGAUGAAAGUUUAUCCUUAGUAAAUAUAAUGCCACACCUUCAUGCAGGCUAUGUUGGUCAUAUCAUUUGGAGAGUCAGAGGCAGCAUGAUGUACAUCAUGUCAGAACUGUUUUUUUUGGCAUGUUUUUUCAUUCCUUUAAAAUGUAACAUUAUUUUCUUGAGUUUGUGUUGGAAAUCUUUCCCUCCACAUUGCCUUAUACUUACAUGAUGUUUUUUUUCCUAUUUAAAAUGAGAAGCAGAAGAAAAGGCUGCUAAACAAAUGUACCAGGCCAGUCCAUUUGCUAGUCUAAUUUUUAAUUUCACAAAACAUGUUUUCUUUGUUAGCAGGUGAGUUAAAGUUAGGUACGUGUUGUCUAGUAGAAAUGUGUUGGUUGUGUAUUUUAAUACUCUGGUUUUGGCUCAUUGAACAGUUUCAGAACAAUAUAAUUCUCUCAGACAUGAUUCUUUGUUCAGCCCUACUUGUUUAUUAAUUUCAGUUGUCAUAAUGGGUGACAAACAGCUCUAUCUUCCUGUGUGAAGCUACCAUUUAAUCUGUGUCACUGACUUUUAUUUCUUUUAAUCAUUUUAACUUGAUUUACAAUCAUCUUCUUGUCAGUAUCCAGUGAACAUUUCUCAACAUAAGGCUUCCCUAAUGUUUAAAAGGCUUCUUAUGACCUAUGCCUGAAUGUUCUGAGGCUUUUACCCAGUCCCUUGUUUCACUAUAUUAUAUGUGCUGAGUACAGGUUUGCUUCUUCAGAUUUCCCUUUUGCCAGUGCCUGUAUGUUUGUUUGUUUUACUCAUGUCCUAAGGACACUUUUCAUUUGUGCUCUUAUUCCUGUACUUACUUGCACUUUAAGUAUGUCCAUGUCUUAAGUUUUCUGACUUCCACAGAGGUGUGUUACCCAUAGCAAGGUCACACAAAAAUGUCAUAUCUCUGCAGCCAUUGCAGUUUAUGUGGGGUCACAUUACCAUUUUGGCAUAAUCACAGUAAAUGUUUUCUUUUUUAUGGUUUAUAUAAUUUUGAGACAUUGUAAUAUUUGAAUUGUGCAUCUAAAUGACAUAAUAGAACUUUAAUAUAAUUCCUCUUUUUAUCUUUAAGACCUUUCCUUCCCCUUUGUGGGCAAACAAAAAGAUGAUGAAGCACAAGAUGUUUCUCGCUGGUGCAGGGGGAGACAAAUCUGAGUAAUCAGUCAUUUGGGGGAUUGAGGGUGUUCUUUGUGUUUGGUACAUGAACGCAUGCAUGGUGUUAGUACAUAAUGUUAUAUACUGGGACUUUGGCUUUGUGUUAGCUAAGGGGUGAAGUGGUGCAUGGACAGUGGGUAGCGAGGCUUGAUGACACGUGUGUUGUGAAACUCUGACAGGUCGUCUGUAACUGAAGACUUAUGAUGCCAGAGCGUGUCUCCUGCUUUGUUUCGUUUUGUCUUGUCCAAACCUUAGGUUAAUAUUUAUCACAGGAAUUUUUGAUAAAAGUGUGUAGCACUAAAUGUCAUUUAAAAGAUGACCCGAUAGAACAUGAAUGCAGACUUCGGUUGUGUUUAUUUACAUUAAAAAUACUUCAUAUUCAUAAAAUGGGGUUAGAUUUCAAGACUGCCAUAAUAGUCUGCUACGCCUGCAUGCUUUUAUAUACAGUACACACGUGUGCAUGUGAGCACACAAAAAAGGCAUUUAAACACAUAUUAAAAACCUGUUGCUUACACCAAUGUUUUGAGUGUGUUAUCAACUGUAUUGAUGUCAAGUGUGACCUUUGUCUAAAUGGAGAUUGUGGAGCUAAAUGUUCUGGAAAUGAAUAGUCUGGGUCAGACUGUCCUUUAAUUCUUUUUUUUUAUUUUUAAAGUUUUGCCUUCUGAAGCGGUUUCUUUCAAUGUACAGAUUAAAAUGAGGGGGAAAGUGUCUGAUUUUUAUCAUAAAAUGUAUUUGUGUUCAAAAUCUUGUUGUAGUUCUCAUUUUAUCACACAACUUUGUUGCAGUUGCAAUUGUUUACCAGAGAACUGAGCAUGUAUGUACACCGUGUAUGAAUAAACAAUGUUUUACAUAA